AUUUGCAGCUAAGAUUGAUGGAGUAUGCUGCGGUUGUGAUGGAAAGGUUCGAUUAGGAAAAUCUGAUGCAAAUAUUCCAAUUUUUCUAUGAUGAUUAAUUUUCUGUUUGGUUGCACGUUUUGUUGUUGAUCUGGUAGCCAAUGUUCUUUUAUUCGAAGACUGUUAAUACUGAGAUGCAUCGUUUAUGUUAUGGUUCGGGAAUUGCCGAAGAAAUUCGUUUGGUGGUACGAAUCAGCGGUGAUCAUCUGUCGUUGGAAGGAUUACGACGAGCACUAUACAAUUUCUUGUUUGCUCGAGCUAACAACGGGAAAUUUAUACUGCAGUUGGGUCUGAAUAAACACGGAAGACAGCCACGAGGUAGAAAAAUUGAAGCACUUCUGGACCGAUUUGGAUUGGAGCGCGAUGAAGGACCUGGAACAGGUGGACCAUUUGCUCCGUAUUCAGUCGCUAAACGUCUGAAAACAUAUACUGAUGUGGUGGAACGGCUGAUUGACAUCGGUUUAGCAUACCGGUGCUUCUGCUGUGGUGAUACAUGGAAAGAAGUGGAUCCAGUGAAAAAAGAACCGGCAAAACUGCUUCCCUGUUCGAAGGAAUGUUUCACGAAAACACGCAGUGAGUCCAGAAGUAUGGCGUUGGAUGGUCUGCCACAUGUUGUUCGCUUAAGAAUACCUAGUCGAGCAUAUCUGUAUCAGGAUGUAGUGCAUGGCAAAUUGUCUAAACAUCUGCCUGCUAUGGAUCAACUGCUGCUGAGGCCAGAUUUUAUGCCAACAUCUGUUUUCGCAGAUACUGUUGAUAAUCAUACCCUUUGUGCUAGUCAUUUCGUUGCCUCCUCCUCUCGUGAUUUCUUACAGCUUCCCAUCUGUGACGCUUUGCAAUGGUGCUUGCCAAUAUUUAUAAAUAUUGGAAAUCUACGACUUCGCAGUGGUUCACGAUUAUUAACGUAUAAUAAUGCUAGAAGUUAUGUUAGGACAUACAGUUCAAUUGACGAAUUAUCAAUUUUAAACUUUUUAUUAGCUGGUCGUGGCUUGCGGAAGAUCUCCACUAGAAAUGGCUGUUUGUACAGUAUUGAUGAAAUGAUUGCUCAAUUUGAUAUUAGCACUAUUACCAGUGAUGCUCUAUUGAUUAAUACAUAUAAAUUAAUGAAACCGGAACGACAGGAAGCACUUUUAGAACAACAACUUGAACUGGAUGAAGAGGUACGUCUCUUCGAUAUGUUUGAUAAGAAUUUCUUUGAAGAUAUGAAGUUCUCGAAUUCCAUACCGAAAAGUUCGUAG